GGGGCUCGGCGGCUCGCCCUUAUCCGCAAGUUCAUCGCUCGGUGAUUGUUGUGCAUCCAUGGCGGCAAUUUUCUCUCCUGCGUCUCACAUGCGUUCCAUUUGCUUCGCUGCUAGUACUCCCAAGCCUUGCUGUUCAUAUCCAGAUUUUGUUAACGUGAGUCCUUGGCGUGCCUCGGCAAGUUAUGUCAAAGUUCAUGUCGCGGCGAGAGGGUAUCGUGCGAGUCGGUUGGCGUAUAAGCAGCCAUUGAAGAAGAGAAUAGGUGUGCUUAGAUGCGCAACUAUUGAAGAAAUAGAAGCUGAGAAGUCCAUGAUUGAGGAAGACGCUAAAGAAAGAAUGGAGAAGACUAUUGAUAAUUUGAGGUCCAGUUUCAGCUCAAUCAGAACGGGAAGAGCAAAUCCAGCAAUACUAGAUAAAGUGGAGGUGGAGUAUUAUGGAACACCAGUCCUCUUGAAAACUAUAGCUCAGAUCAGUACCCCUGAUUCCAGUUCUCUGUUGGUGCAGCCCUAUGACAAGUCGAGUCUGAAGGCUAUAGAGAAAGCGAUUGUUGGAUCUGAGCUUGGUUUGACUCCUAACAAUGAUGGAGACGUAAUCAGAUUGAAGCUUCCACAAUUGACAUCCGAAAGGAGAAAGGAAUUGUCAAAGAUUGUGGCCAAGCAGGCUGAGGAAGGAAAGGUUGCUGUAAGGAAUAUUAGAAGGGAUGCCAUUAAAUCUUAUGAAAAGCUUGAGAAGGAGAAAAAACUCUCGGAGGACAAUGUCAAGGACCUGUCAAGUGACUUGCAGAAAGUAACUGAUGAAUACAUGAAGAAAAUCGAUUCGAUCUACAAACAAAAAGAGAAGGAGCUGCUGACAGUUUGAUAAGGAGAUUUAAGUUUAUGGUCCUCGUUUGUCAGAGGGGCAUGAAGCAAAAUUUUUAGAGCCACAAUGUUGAAGAUUCCAUUCAGAUUCACCUACCCUGCACCCUUAACACAUGUCCGAGUGCUGAGAUUGUGGCACGUGCUACAAUCUAACAUAAAAAAAUAUAUAUUUUUUUUUAAUUUUUUUUUUAAAUAUCUAUUUUACCCUCACUCCAAUAUCCCAUUACAUUUUUUCUCACUGUUAUUCCGGCCACCGCUGCUGCCAGCUUCCGGCACUUCCUGCCGUUCGCGAUU